AUGUCGGCGACCGUCGCCUGGGCGGGCGCCUUCCUUGAGAUAUUUCGGCUCGCUCGUUUUCAUCAUCGAAGGCGCCGCAAUGCAGCCACAGGGCGGCAGUGGGCGCGCGAUCGUUUGCUGCGACCCCGUCGUUCUGCAUCCCCUGAUAAAAUACGCCUCAGUGGUCCUGAAUGUGCACCCAGCCACAGCAGCGGCAAGAACUCUCGUCAGCAGGACAGAACGCUGCUUCCACGCGUCGCGACGCUGCAUCGUUUGCGCCCCAACGCCAGGUCUUCUGCGGUCUUUCGCUUCUUUCUGGUGAUUCUGUGCGGGAAUGCGUCAGGAUGGUUUGACGGCAAUGCUGGGCAAACUUCCAUCGUCGACCCCCUAGAGCUCGCCUGGAAAAAUCUGGGCUCUUUCCGGGUCGCGCACGCCGCCUGUAUCUCCUCAAACCCUCCCGUAGAGACGGCGCCGCCCAAGGUCGCGGCUCCGGGGGUCGCUGCGAGCCUCUUCGCUCCUUUUGGCGACCACAUCCAGCGCCGAAAUGUGCGAAGAGCUUUUUCGGUGCUGACAGCCCGCGACAGCGCGGAGGGCAUGUCUGCAAACGACGCGGAGGCCCGUCGCCGCACAGCCACUCUCCAUUUUGCCUCUGCAUUCUUCGGGAACCCGCCUCCUAGCCACGUACAGCGGCGAGCCCCGAGGGAUCCGCGGCGCCUUGCUGCUGGCUGGGCACGUGGUUCUUCGCCAGCGUUUCCGCAUGCGUUUUCUCACGAGCGCCGCCAAGCCGAUGUCAAUGUGCGCGCGGCGAGCACGGUGUUGCCACGAGGCACAGAGCGGCAGGAGAACUCUCAAGGGCUCGCCGCUUUUCUGAGCUCCCUCGCGCUGCCUGCGAACACGUAUGUGCGGGCACGAGGCCCCAGGCACUGUCUGCCGUCCGUUUGGAGCUGCCAGGCGAUAAUGCCGGGCGCCGCGACGCCGCGCGAUGCGCACAUGGGGUGGCAUGGGAGUCCACAAUGCAGUCGCGGCUCCUGCAGAGUCGGCAGCGCCAGUCUGUUGGUGCAGGCUCUGACUGCUGGAGACGACACGCGUCUGCGUGGACAGCCGGGGCGCUCGCAAGGGGGGUCGGCGCAGCCCCGCGUCGGGAUGAUCCGGACUCUCUUCGGCGAUGUAGAGACUCCGAACUUCAUGGUGUGCGGCACCAAGGCCGCUGUGAAGGGCAUCACGGUCGAAAUGCUGCGCGAAGUCAAAACGCAGAUCAUUCUUGCCAACACCUACCACUUGCUCGUGCGGCCGGGUCCGGAGGUCAUCGAGAGCCUCGGCGGACUUCAGCACUUCACUGGAUGGCACGGUCCCAUGUUCACCGACAGCGGCGGCUACCAGAUCUUCUCGCUGCACUACGGGGGCGUCGCGGACGAGGUGAAAGGUCGGCGCGGGCGCAGAGGCCAGUGUAGUCCACAGUCGUCCUCGAGCUCCAGCAGAGCGGCUGCAGACAGCCGUCGCGCCGCAGCAGCCGCGGGCGGCCAUGAGGCUGAAGGAGUCGAUCCGAGCUCGCAUCUGCUUCGAUUAGAUGAAACGGGGGCUGUAUUCCGCAGCUACUACACCGGGCAGCGCAUUGAACUGACACCUGAGAGAGCAAUGGAAACUCAGUAUCAACUCGGAGCAGACCUCAUCGUGGCGCUGGAUGAGUGCACGCCGUAUCACACUUCGAAGAGCUAUACGGCUGCGUCCAUGCGUCGAUCCCACCGCUGGGCUCUCCGGUGCCUGGUCGCGCUCGACCGCCUCCGCGACCUCAAGGGGUCGCCGCCUGCACGUUUGCCUGCGUUUUCUGAAACGCCGUCGUCUUCGCAGCCGCCUUGUCGCACGCGCACGAAUUGUCCUUCGAUUCCGCAGCCGGAGGAGCCAGCUGUCUCAGCCGAUUCCAGUCCAGCAUCUGCUACGUGGCGGGCGGGGCGGCGCCAGUGCCCCAGGUGCCGGACCGGCUGGGCGCGGCUCGACGCUUCGGCGUCACAAGGCCCGCUGGCCGCGAUCGGCGUGCCUUAUCCGCAGCAGGGGCUCUACGGAGUCGUCCAGGGCGGUGUGUACAGCGACCUGAGAGAAGAAAGUGUCGAUUUCGUUAACGAGAAUGCCUUCUUUGGGACUGCCAUCGGUGGAAGUCUGGGAGCGACGCGCGAGCAGAUGCACGCCGUCGUGGCGGAGACAGCGCGGAAACUUCGGAGAGACCGCCCCAUUCAUCUGCUGGGCAUCGGCCGCAUGCAAGACAUUUUCCAUGGGGUAAAACAGGGAAUAGACACAUUCGAUUGCGUGCAUCCGACGCGGGCAGGGCGCCACGGUAGCGCCCUCGUUCCGCGCGUAUUUUGGGAUGGCGAUGGAGCACUCAACGUCCCGCCCUCUGCAGGCUGCGACGCAGAUGAUCUGCCCGCAUUUGCAAACUUCAAGAAUGAGCCUGGGCGACCAAAAGUCGCUCGCUCUCUGGCUGCGCUGGCCGUUGUCUCGUCGAAUCCAGAAGCAGACAAGUCAUGGUCGCCUGUAUCUACACCGAGGGCAAUAUUUCCCGUUGCCGCGCAGCGGCCCAAGGAGUAUGUGGACCUCAGAAAUGCAGCGUUCAAGUUUGACGACCGGCCGAUUCUCCCCAACUGCGGUUGUUACUCAUGCAAGACUGCGAGCAGGGCGUACUUGCAUUACCUUUUGAAGAUAGGCGAGCAACUAGGCGGGACGCUGGUUACUCUCCACAAUAUCUUUACCAUGAAUAGGUUGAUGGCGUCCAUAAGGCAAGCGAUAGUGGAGAAGACGUUGGACGAAGAAAAGGAAAAGUGGAUACAUCCACUGAUGAAAGAUUGA